AUAUACCGUCGAGUUCGUGAAGUCCACAAGCAGUAUGGCACUUGUUAGUCUAAGGCGAUGCCUCGGUGCAGUGUUGAAGAAUGGAGCCGCUAUGGUACAAACAAGGUCAUACUCAGCUGCAAGUGGCUACCUAAAAGUAACCACUGAGAAUGAUAUUGCCACCAUAGCCAUGGACAAGAAGCCUGUUAACAGUUUAAACCUAGAGUUCCUCACAGAACUAAGCUUAACCCUCGAGAAGCUAGAAAAUGAAAAGUGCAAAGGUCUCAUACUGACAUCCGCUCUCCCAAAAAUCUUUUCUGCAGGCUUAGAUAUUCUUGAGAUGUAUCAGCCCAAGGAGGAAAGACUGAGACAAUUCUGGAGUACAUUGCAAGAUGUCUGGCUGAGACUUUAUGGCUCACCACUAGUUACAAUUGCUGCCAUAUCAGGCCACAGUCCAGCUGGUGGUUGUCUCCUAUCUUUGUCUUGUGACUACAGAAUUAUGGCCGACAAUUACACCAUCGGCCUUAAUGAAACCAAAUUAGGUAUUGUUGCUCCAUUCUGGUUUGUUGACACUAUGCACAAUGUGGUUGGUCACAGACAGACUGAAAUGGCUCUCCAGCUUGGGACAAUGUUUAGUUCUCAAGAGGCAUUGUCCAUUGGGCUAGUGGAUCGAGUAGUUGGAGAAGGGGAAACUGUAGAUGCUGCCAAAAAGGAAAUGUCACAAUGGGUCAAAAUUCCAGGCUAUGCUCGUCAGCUAUCAAAGAUGCAGCUUCGGAAACCCACAAUUGACAAACUUGUUGCUAGAAAAGAAGAUGACAUUAAUUAUUUUGCAACAUUCAUUACAAAAGAUGGCGUCCAAAAAGCAAUGGGGAUGUAUCUUGAAAGUUUAAAGAAGAAGUAAUUCUCGGAAAAUCAACAGUGAAGAAAUCAACAGAAAUCAACUCAAUAGUAACAUGAUAUAAUGACAUAGAGGUAUUUUUUAUAUAAUGUAACAAGCUAUCAAUGAUGUACACCAUGAAAUACAAAAAUCAGUACCAUUUCAUGACAUGCCCGGGUAGCAUUUAUGUUGACAUUAAUUAAUCAUUUAUUGUAUGUCACACUAACCCUAAAACGGUUAGGCGAUAGAGAAUUACACCAACGGUUAGGGAGGGGGUAGAUCUGCCCCCCCCCCUAUGAUCUCAGAAACCGACAAUCACAGGAGGAUGUAUAAUCUAUCAUUGGAAAGGUUAUUCGAUUCCCAGUAUUUUGAGCCUACUU